AUGACUUUAAAGCGUAUCCAAGAAAUUGUUUCAUCUCAGUCAGAGCCGAAUCGUUCAUCUCAGAGCGAUGAGAUCCAUCUGUAUCUUCACGAAAGAAAAUUUGAUUCUGCUUUGAAGAUCUACCUUAGCUUGAAAGAUCCUCAGAUUUUUGCUGUAAUUGACAAGUAUCUGCUUUUUGAACAGCUUGCUUAUUUGACAAAACUUCUGAACAAAAAUGAGGGAGCUGAGUAUGCUGAUCAAGCUGUUCGUCUCUAUGCUGAUCAU